AUGCACAGAAGACUACCGUUCUUAGUUUGCAAUCGUAAUUAUGUAAUAUCCGCCCCAUCCGCCCGCCAACUAUCCCUUCCAUCCUUCCCGCAAAAUCCCCCGGCUUUAAUAUAUCUAUGCUCCAAUGGUCAACUGAGAGAAGCCCUGGUGGAAAUGACCGUUCAAGGCCUUGCAAUGAAGUUCGAAGGCUACUACACCCUCUUAAACGAGUGCGUGACCAGAAGGGCCUUUAGAGAAGGCCAAAGAGUCCAUGCCCACAUGAUCAAAACUUGUUAUCUUCCGCCGGUGCACCUUCAGACCCGCCUCAUUGUUUUCUAUAACAACUGUGAUUGUUUGCGUGAUGCACGCCGAGUGCUUGAUGAAAUGCCUCAGAGAAAUGUGGUGUCGUGGACGGCUAUGAUUUCGGCUUAUUCUAAGAGGGGGUAUGCAGCCGAAGCCACCGAUCUUUUUCUGCAGAUGUUAAGAUCAGAGGAGGAACCUAAUGAGUUCACGUUUGCGACAAUACUUACGUCAUGUACUGGUUCUUGGGGGUUUGACUUGGGAAGGCAAAUCCACUCUCUUAUAAUUAAAACAAAGUAUGAAUCGCAUAUAUUUGUUGGCAGCUCACUUCUUGAUAUGUAUGCCAAAGCUGGUAGAAUGCUUGAGGCGAGACGAGUUUUUGACAGCUUGCCUGAAAGGGAUGUUGUUUCUUGUACAGCUAUAAUAUCUGGUUAUGCCCAGCAGGGUCUGGAUGAGGAGGCUUUGGAGCUGUUCCGGCAGUUGCAGAGGGAAGGAAUGACUUCGAAUUAUGUCACUUAUGCCAGUGUUUUGACAGCAUUGUCAGGGCUUGCUGCUUUGGACCUUGGCAGGCAAGUUCAUAACCAUGUCCUUCGUCGAGAAGUGCCUUCAUUUGUAGUUCUUCAGAACUCUCUGAUUGAUAUGUAUUCAAAAUGUGGAAAGCUGAGUUACUCAAGAAGAGUUUUUGAUACCAUGCCCGAGAGGACUGUUAUCUCAUGGAAUGCAAUGCUGGUAGGGUAUAGUAAACACGGAAUGGGAAAUGAGGUGGUUAAGCUUUUCAAGCUCAUGAAAGAAGAAAAUAAAAUCAGACCAGACAGUGUCACUUUUUUGGCUGUUCUAUCUGGUUGCAGUCACGGAGGAAUGGAAGAUAGAGGGCUGGAAUUCUUUUAUGAGAUGGGGAAAGGGAAAAAUGGAAUUGAGCCAGAGCUUGAGCACUAUGGAUGUGUUGUUGAUCUGCUUGGACGUUCUGGUCGAGUCGAAGAAGCGUUUGAGUUCAUUAAGAAGAUGCCUUCUGAACCAACUGCUGCUAUAUGGGGUUCCCUUUUAGGGGCUUGUAGAGUUCACUCUAAUGUUAAGAUCGGUGAAUUUGUGGGUUUUCAACUUCUCGAUAUUGAGCCUGAAAAUGCUGGGAAUUACGUCAUUCUUUCAAAUUUAUUUGCUUCUGCAGGGAGAUGGGAAGAUGUAAGAACUGUAAGGGAAUUAAUGACAGAGAAGGCUGUGAUAAAGGAGCCAGGAAGAAGUUGGAUCGAGCUUGACCAAGUUCUUCAUACUUUUCAUGCAAGUGAUCGCUCCCAUCCUAGAAGGGAAGAGGUAUCUGCAAAGGUGAGAGAGAUAUCAGCAAAGAUAAAGGAAGCUGGUUACUCUCCUGAGAUGGAAUGUGUUUUAUAUGAUGUGGAUGACGAGCAGAAGGAGAAAAUACUUCUAGGCCACAGUGAAAAGAUGGCUUUGGCUUUCGGGAUUAUUGCUACUCCUGAAGGGGCACCAGUCCGUGUGAUAAAAAACCUUCGCAUUUGUGUUGAUUGCCAUAAUUUUGCUAAAUUAGUCUCGAAGAUAUAUGGAAGAGAAGUGUCUUUGAGAGAUAAAAACCGGUUUCAUCACAUGGUUGGAGGGAUUUGUUCUUGUGGAGAUUACUGGUGA